GAUUUCACUUGCGCUUGAGACUACUCAGAACAGUUAAUUUUGCAACGAGCGAUAGUUUUUGCUUGAUUUAUCAGUGAUACAAAUUGUGAAGUGGAAGUGAUAAUAGAAUCAAAAAAGAUGCGUCGUGAUGGACAUCUUUGCAGAAGAGGAAAGCGGCUUAUGGAGGAGAUGGACCGGCAAACCGAUGCUGAAUUGGACCGGCUAAACAUCACGGCUACCGGCUUAUCAAACUUUUCAUGGCCGGAUCUUGGCAUAGAUGAUUCAUCAAAUUCAUCGGAAGGAGUUGAGAUCCAGGAUCGGCAACCGAUCGAAAAUGUUUUGUUUCUCGGUGAUGGUAGUAGUAAUCCGGUGAUGAGUAGUAAUAUUGAUAGCGAUCAUGUGAACACCGAUUGCGAUAGUGAUGAUGAUGACAUCACAGCAGGUGGGGAGGGUGCUUAUAACUUUUUAGACAAAUUGUCGCUAAACGAAGCCAUAAGAUAUUGGGCAAUUAUUGGUAACCUGCCGCGAUCGUCGUUAAACAUGCUUCUGGCGAUCUUAAGGAAGAAAUUGAACCUAGACCUUCCAAAAGAUGCGCGGACUUUCCUCAAAACCCCCACCCGAAUCGGAUUGGAAGUUCAACAGAUCUCGGGUGGAGACUUUUGGUAUCAAGGGGUUGGGACGGUCCUACGUGGGUAUUUUCGAAAUGUCGUUCCCGAAGUAGACACUUUUUCUUUACAAGUGUCGAUCGACGGGCUUCCACUGUUUAGAAGUUCUUCGCGGCAGCUGUGGCCGAUUUUAAUAAAAGUGGAAGAAGUGCCAGACGCUCCGGUAAUGCUUGUCGCCGUGUUUUGCGGACUUACAAAACCGGAGCUUGUGGAGGAAUUUUUAAGACCACUAGUGCUGGAGGUGAACGAUCUCCAGCAAAGAGGCAUGUUGUUCGGAGACAAACAGGUGCGAAUAAAGCUUCACGGCAUAAUUGCUGAUGCUCCAGCGCGGUCAUUCGCAAAAGCAACCAUCAGCUGCACUGGAAGGCAUGGAUGCUUAAAGUGUACCUGCGUUGGGGUACGCAUCGAAUCGGAAAACAAAAUAAUCUUUGAUUCCGUGCAUGCCGAAUUGCGUACGGACGCUGGCUUCAGAAACAAAGUAGACAAGGACCAUCAUAAAGAAUGGCGGACACCUAUUGAAGACAUAGCUAAUUUUGAUAUGAUACGCGGCGUCCCUCUUGGCGAGCGUCUCCAUCUAAUUGAAAAAUAA